AUGUAUUUUUUGACUCCUUUGAGAAAUACACUAUUAUCAAAUAUAUUACGUAUCUGUCAAAGAAAAGAAUAUAGAUAUGUAACGAAAAUGAGUGUAAGAGAUGCAUUAAAUGCAGCUCUCGACGAAGAAUUGGCAAGAGAUGAAAAAGUAUUUAUUUUGGGAGAAGAAGUUGCCCAGUAUGAUGGUGCUUAUAAAGUAACAAAAGGUCUUUGGAAAAAAUAUGGAGAUAAAAGAUUGAUUGAUACACCUAUAACAGAAGGUGGCUUUUGUGGUAUAGCUAUUGGUGCAGCACUCGCUGGUUUAAAACCAAUAUGUGAAUUUAUGACUUUCAACUUCUCAAUGCAAGCUAUAGAUCGUAUAAUAAAUGGAGCAGCUAAAAACUUAUAUAUGAGUGCAGGAAAAUAUAAUGUGCCAAUUGUAUUUCGCGGUCCAAACGGUAAUGCUAAAGGUUUAGCAGCACAACAUUCACAGUGUUUUGGUGCAUGGUAUAUGGGCUGUCCUGGUUUGAAAGUCAUGUCCCCUACAACCUGUGAAGAUUAUAGAGGAUGUUUAAAAGCUGCCAUUAGAGAUCCUGAUCCAGUUAUAGUUUUAGAAAGUGAAGUACUUUAUAAUUUUACGUUUCCUGUAUCAGAUGAAGCUAUGGACAAAGAUUUUUUGAUACCGAUUGGCAAAGCUAAAAUUGAAAAGCCGGGUAACCAUAUUACAUUAACUUCACAUGGCCAAGCGACCGUUUACACAUUGCAAGCAGCUGAAAUUCUAGCAGAGGAAGGCAUAGAAGCAGAAGUUAUUAAUUUACGUUCUCUUAGGCCAUUAGAUUGGGACACAAUUUUUACAUCAGUUUCAAAAACUCAUAAAUUAAUGACUGUUGAAUUAGGAUGGCCUACUUGCGGAGUAGGUUCCGAAAUAGUAGCUACAAUUAUGGAAAAUCCAGUAUUUUUUCAGCUUGAUGCCCCCGCCAUUCGUUGUACUGGUAUUGAUGUACCUAUGCCAUAUGCAGAAAAUAUUGAAUAUGAAUGUACACCUAAAGAUCAUCAUAUUGCAGAGUUUGCUAAAAAAGUUUGUGGAAUAAAUAUAUAA